CUCCCUCGCUCUCUCUCUCUUCGUUAAUAUCCAUUUUUUUGUCUCAUUUUCACCGCUUUAAAACUCUUAAUUCCUCCGUUUCUCUCCAUAAAAUCCAAUCCCUAUUCAAUUAAUCCUCCUGCAUUUCUCUCAUUUUUCUGGAUCUAGAUUUUGUUAAGAUCUGGUGAUUUUUCACUAUAAAAUGAGUCGGUACGAUUCGAAUCCUUUCGAUGAAGAAGAGGUCAAUCCUUUCGCGGAUCAAGGAGGAAAGGGGAAAGGAUCAGGGCAAUCAAAUUAUGGCGGAGGCGCGUUUUAUAUGCCUAAUCCUGGAAGUGUCCCCCCUGCAACUUCAAGGCUUUCACCCCUUCCUCAUGAACCCUAUGAUCGUGGUGCAACCAUAGAUAUUCCUCUUGAUUCUGGAAAAGAUAUAAAAGCCAAGGAGAAGGAACUCCAAGCUAAAGAGGCUGAAUUGAAGAGGAGGGAACAGGAACUAAAACGGAAGGAAGAUGCGAUAGCACGGGCUGGAAUUGUAAUAGAGGAUAAGAACUGGCCACCAUUUUUUCCGAUUAUCCAUCAUGACAUUGGAAAUGAAAUACCAAUCCACCUGCAGAAGAUGCAGUAUGUUGCAUUUACAACAUUGUUGGGUUUAUUUGUCUGUCUUUCUUGGAAUAUUAUAGCUGUUACCACAGCCUGGAUCAAAGGAGAAGGUCCAACGAUAUGGUUUCUAGCCAUCAUCUACUUCAUAGCAGGGGUCCCUGGAGGCUAUGUUAUGUGGUAUCGCCCCCUUUAUCGUGCAAUGAGGACAGAUAGUGCUCUGAAGUUUGGAUGGUUUUUCUUUGCUUACCUGUUUCACAUUGGCUUUUGCAUCUUUGCUGCUGUUGCUCCCCCAAUUGUUUUCAAGGGGAAAUCACUUGCAGGUAUUUUGCCUGCUAUUGAUCUUAUGGGCAACCACGCUUUAGUUGGGAUAUUCUACUUCAUUGGAUUUGGAUUCUUCUGCGUUGAAUCCCUCCUCAGUAUCUGGGUCAUUCAGCAAGUCUACAUGUAUUUCCGAGGCAGUGGGAAAGCAGCAGAGAUGAAGCGGGAGGCGGCAACAAGGACCAUGAUGGCUGCCCUAUGACAUUGCUCCCACUGGACAAAGAUGCUCUUCUUGGAUGUGCUUAAAGAGAGGCGGUUGCCGAGACUACAGCAGAUGGCUUCAGGCUUGAAUGGUUCCCUCAAACAAGAAGUGCUUGAUCCAUGAGAUGAUGAUAUGUGUUAUCGCACUGGUCUGGUAAACCUCAGCUAGUUGAUUCAUGUUAAUUUUGGCCUGUUUUUUUCUUGACCUGCCAUGGACAUAACGUUGUGGCUCGCAAGGAGUCAAGUCUUACAAUUUGCUGGUGUUGAUGGAGCUUCUGAUAAUUUUCGCAGCUCCACAAUGUUCCAUCUUCCAUCUGAUGACUUCAGUCGUUCCAUCACUAGCAAAUGGGACGGCAUGGACUAUGCAGAAAAAAGAAAACCCAUCUUCAAGUUGCGGUCAAAUAAAAAUGUGGUUGCAGAAUGGCAUUAAUCCAAACAUGAUAAUGUUUUAAUAAUAUAUUAGUCUCUGAUUCUAGGGUUUCCUGGAAGUUAAAACCCCCCCAAAAGUUCUCACUUCAAAACCUUUUCCUAUUUUUUUCCCCUCUUGAUUCUUACAACCAGUCAAAAAAAAAAAAAAAACCAUUCAAAAGAAUUUUACCUGUUGGAAGGAGAAAGAAGCCAAACUCGGCCCUUAUUAACAUUUACACCAUAAACUAAAAAAUUUAGCUGAUUGUAAACUCUUCAGUACACUGUUCAUAGCAAUAUUUUCCUUUCAUUGUCCCUGAGAUUUUUACUUUUUAUUUUAUAGAUUAGUCAUUGAACUUAAUUUCUUUUUAAUUUUAUUCUUCUGUAUUAUAUUUCCAUGAUCUAUUGUGUUAAUAUCCUUUUCUAUUUAUAUUAUUCUUUCGCA